AUCGAUAGGUAAUUCAUUAGUUGAGGGAGUCAAAAGUUACAACCUGAAUUUAGAGAUCAAGUAGAAUUGACGAAACCUCAAGGCCCAGCUGUGCAAUUUACCCACAAAAAAUCACAUUGAAGUUUGCUUCAAAUCGAAGUCCUCCUCCUGGCCUUAGCAGUUCAGAGAGAGAGAGAGUGAAAAUGGCGGAUCCACUCUCUCCUCCUCGGUCGGCGACGGACCUCUUCGGCGACCCGAUCGAUUCCCACCCCCUCUGGUUCAAGCAAUCGGCCUUCCUCCGUCCGGAAUUCGAUUCGGAGUCCUACAUCUCUGACCUCCGCACCUUCGUCCCCUUCGCCACCCUCCGCUCCGAGCUCCACUCCCACCUAUCUUCCCUCCACCGCGAGCUAGUCGACCUCAUCAACCGCGACUACAAUGACUUCGUAAACCUCAGCACCAAGCUCGUCGACGUCGACUCCGCCGUCGUCCGCAUGCGUGCUCCCCUCUCUGACCUCCGCGACAAGAUCUCCCAGUUCCGCGCCGCCGUCGAGACAUCGCUUGCCGCGCUCCAGAACGGGCUCCGCCAGAGGGCCGAGGCGUCGGCGGCGAGGGAGACUCUUGAGCUCCUCCUCGAUACUUUUCAUGUCGUAUCGAAGGUUGAAAAAUUAAUAAAGGAGCUACCAAGUGUACCUGCUGAUUGGUCAAAUGGACAUCUAAAUUCUACAGAAAAGGGUCCUAGCAGCAAUGGAGCUUCCUUACAGCAUGCUGAAAAUGGAACUAGUCUGAGAGAGACUCAAAGUAUGCUUUUAGAGAGAAUUGCCAGUGAGAUGAAUCGGCUAAAGUUCUAUAUUGCUCAUGCACAGAAUCUUCCUUUCAUUGAGAGCAUGGAGAAGAGGAUUCAAAGUGCUAGCUUAUUAUUAGAUGCAAGCUUGGGACAUUGUUUUGUGGAUGGAUUGGAACACCGGGACGCAAAUGCAAUUUACAAUUGCUUGCGUGCAUAUGCUGCCAUUGAUAACACUAGGGAUGCAGAAGAAUUUUUUCGCACUACUGUUGUGGCUCCACUGAUACUGAAAGUCAUUCCUCAUGGGUCUUCAGAGACUGUUGCUGGAGCUUCUAGGGAUGAACUUGAGGAUGAUUAUCAACAAAUCAAGCAAUACAUUGAGAGCGACUGCAAAUUUUUAUUGGAAAUUUCCUUUGUGGAAAAUUCAGGGUUACAUGUAUUUGACUUCUUGGCCAAUUCAAUUCUUAAAGAGGUUCUGACAGCAAUUCAAAAAGGAAAGCCAGGAGCAUUUUCUCCCGGAAGACCUACUAAUUUCCUUAAAAAUUACAAGUCAAGCCUGGAUUUCUUGGCUCAUUUGGAAGGCUACUGUCCGUCCAGAUCUGCUGUUGCAAAACUUCGAACGGAGACUGUCUAUGUUGAGUUCAUGAAACAGUGGAAUAUUGGUGUUUAUUUUUCAUUGAGAUUCCAGGAAAUAGCUGGGGCGUUAGAUUCUGCACUUAUGGUGACUGGUAUUGUCCCAGUUUCAAAUUCUGAUGAGGGAAAUUCUCUAGAUUUGACGCUAAAACAGAGUGUUACUCUUCUGGAGAGCUUGAGGUCUUGCUGGAGAGACGAUGUUCUUGUCCUCUCCUUCUCUGACAAGUUUCUUCGCUUAUCUUUGCAACUACUUUCAAGAUAUACAAGUUGGUUGUCAUCUGGAUUGGCUGCUCGGAAAGCUGGUAAUACAAGCCCCAACCCUGGAUCUGAAUGGGCUAUCUCUGCAGCCCCGGAAGACUUCAUUUAUAUAAUUCAUGACAUAAAUUCUCUUGUAACGGAGAUUGGUGGCAGUUAUCUGGGGCAUGUACUUCAUCUUCUUAAUUCAUGCCCCACCGAAGUACUUGAUCUUGUUGAAAAGAGCAUUUUGCUGUGUGGGAAAUCGUUGAAGGAUUUAGUACCCCAAGUAGUAGGUGCAAUAGUAGAUGCACUAGUUGAGAAGUCUGUUGAGGACUUGAGGCAGCUGAAGGGAAUAACUGCAACUUAUCGGAUGACUAAUAAACCCCUUCCUGUUCGGCAUUCACCAUAUGUGUCAGGGGUAUUGCGUCCCCUGAAGGUCCUUUUAGAUGGAGAUCGAGCUGCAACAUAUUUGACAGGGGAAACUAGAAAGGACCUGUUACUUGGUGCUGCAUUUGAGAUUACCAGUCGUUACUAUGAAUUGGCUGCCGAUCUCGUUAGUGUGGCUAGGAAAACAGAGUCUUCACUGCAGAGAAUACGGCAGGGUGCACAGAGACGAGCUGGUGCUAGCUCAGAUGUCUCAGACCACAAUGUGUCCGACACUGACAAGAUCUGUAUGCAAUUGUUCCUCGAUAUUCAGGAGUAUGGGCGUAACCUUUCUGCCCUUGGCGUUGAAGCGGCCAAAAUUCCAGCAUAUUGUUCCCUGUGGCAAUGCGUCGCCCCUCCAGACAGGCAAAAUGAGAUCAAUUUCUAGAGCAAGCAAGGCUUCCGCUUCAAGCAAGGCUUCUGAUGAGAUAAAUUUCUAGAGCAAGCAAGGCUUCUGUUUCAGGCCAGCCAAUUUUUACAGGUAGCUUCCCUUCCGGAUAUUGUAAGUUGGUUUAUUGUAAAAUUUUUUGUUUUAUUUUUAUUUUUUGCCAGUUCUAGUCUUGAGGUUAUCGUCCUUUUCUUUCAUUGGGAGUGUUUUGCAUCUAUUCAUAUAGGAAGAGUAAAAAUUUUGUAUUUAAUUUGAGCGCUGUUCUUGAAUAAUAACCACGACUUUGAUGUCAUCUAAUUUGCAGUGGACAGCCUUUCUCAUGCUGUCUUUUAACU